AUGUUAUUUGAAGGGCCGGGAAGUGCAGGAGGAGGAGAGAGGCAGCACACUGUUGAGAAAAAUCUGAAAGGGACGGCAGCGAAGCGUAAAGUGCUCAUGACGUCACUUGAAACGAACUUGGCCGAUUUAAACUUAAAAACCUCGCAAUUGCUGUCCAAUUGCUUGACCUCAGGAGAUCUUUGGCUCAAGAUUGUGGACACAAAUAGGAAUAGUAUCUACUAUAUGAGCGAAGAUGAGGUGGAAAGGAUUGGUAGAGAGACAAAUCCAGGUGAUCACGUCUUACGAGCCUGGAGCAAUCGUGGUCAGUCGGUACGUGAUCUGCUGGUACGGCUACAGACUCUUUCUAAGCACUAUGGAGCUGACAUGGAUCAGGCGCAACUUAUUCUUUCGAGGAAGUUCAAGCCACUUCGAUGGGCUAAGUCAGAAGAGAUCACUGUCAGCAUAAUGCAGGACAGCGGAAUAGUACGGUUGCAGUGUAGGGCAGCGGGGUUUCCAUCUCCUCGCUAUCACUGGUACAAAGAUGGUGAACUCAUCGAAGGCGUUUUGUCUGACUCCGUCGAUGUUGUUAGGUGUAAAUGUUCAUCGGACCUCAAAUUCCAUUGCGUCGCAACCAAUGAAAUAGAAGAUGGCCACAUAUAUUCCGAAUUUUAUCGCAAACCUGGGAAACAGUACUCCUCUCGAAUCGUUUCGCGCACUAUCUCACUGGAGCCCUUCGUUGGUCAAGAACAGAGUAUGUUUCCGGUUUAUUCUGGUUUUAAUAGUGCUACAAGAUAUAUAGCUCCAUUCUCAAGUGGUUGCUUAAAGUAA